GAUCCAACUUUGGUCCCUCAACGCUGUGAGACUUUUGCUACACCUCACGGUUUCGCCCUGGGAGAUACGGCAUCCGAGGCUACCACACUUGAAUACGAUGCCGAAUCGAUCAUACGCGGAAAGAUGCCCGCUCACGAACACGACACCGAGGAAGAUGAAGUGUACAAGCGUUCACCUCAAGAUGAUGUUCAAACCAACACUUGUCUUCUGUGUCGCUGA